GAGAGAGAGAACGAGAGAGAGAGAGAACGAGAGAGAAAGAGAGAAAGAGAAAGAGAGAGAGAGAACGAGAGAGAAAGAGAGAAAGAGAGAGAGAGAGAGAGAAAGAGAGAGAGAGAACACGAAUGAGAGAGAGAACGAGAGAGAGAGAACGAGAGAGAGAGAACGAGAGAGAGAGAGAGAGAGAGAACGAGAGAGAGAGAACGAGAGAGAAAGAGAGAAAGAGAAAGAGAGAGAGAACGAGAGAGAAAGAGAGAAAGAGAAAGAGAGAGAGAACGAGAGAGAAAGAGAGAAAGAGAGAGAACGAGAGAGAAAGAGAGAAAGAGAGAGAGAGAGAACGAGAGAGAAAGAGAGAACGAGAGAGAGAGAGAACGAGAGAGAGAGAACGAGAGAGAGAGAACGAGAGAGAGAGAGAGAGAGAGAGAACGAGAGAGAGAGAGAACGAGAGAGAGAGAACGAGAGAGAACGAGAGAGAACGAGAGAGAACGAGAGAGAACGAGAGAGAGAGAGAACGAGAGAGAGAGAGAGAGAGAGAACGAGAGAGAGAGAGAACGAGAGAGAGAGAACGAGAGAGAACGAGAGAGAGAGAGAACGAGAGAGAGAGAGAACGAGAGAGAACGAGAGAGAGAACGAGAGAGAACGAGAGAGAACGAGAGAGAGAGAACGAGAGAGAACGAGAGAGAGAGAGAACGAGAGAGAGAGAGAGAGAGAGAACGAGAGAGAGAGAGAACGAGAGAACGAGAGAGAGAGAGAACGAGAGAGAGAGAGAGAGAGAACGAGAGAGAGAGAGAGAACGAGAGAGAGAGAGAGAACGAGGAGAGAGAACGAGAGAGAGAGAGAGAGAGAGAGAACGAGAGAGAGAGAACGAGAGAGAGAGAGAGAGAGAACGAGAGAGAGAGAACGAGAGAGAGAGAGAACGAGAGAGAACGAGAGAGAGAACGAGAGAGAACGAGAGAGAACGAGAGAGAGAGAGAACGAGAGAGAGAGAGAGAGAGAGAACGAGAGAGAGAGAGAACGAGAGAGAGAGAACGAGAGAGAACGAGAGAGAGAGAGAACGAGAGAGAGAGAGAACGAGAGAGAACGAGAGAGAGAACGAGAGAGAACGAGAGAACGAGAGAGAGAGAACGAGAGAGAACGAGAGAGAGAGAGAACGAGAGAGAGAGAGAGAGAGAGAACGAGAGAGAGAGAGAACGAGAGAACGAGAGAGAGAGAGAACGAGAGAGAGAGAGAGAGAGAGAACGAGAGAGAGAGAGAGAACGAGAGAGAGAGAGAGAACGAGAGAGAGAGAACGAGAGAGAGAGAGAACGA